AUGUUGAAGAUGUCGUUCUCCAAGGCGAAGUUGAAGAGAUUUAACGAUGUACCAGUCGUUUCGUCCCCUUCGGCGUUCGCGGAACCGAAAGAGAAGGAGGUGCUCAAGAGGAGCAAAAAGGAGGACAAGAUCAAGGUUGGUGGCAGCCUGGACGCGGAAUCGAUCAAACCGACCAAGAGUGCGAUGAGCCUGUUCCGGACACCGUCCCUGCCGAGGCGGCUUAAGUUUAAGCACAUCUCGGACCUCACGCCCAAGAAGUCUUCGUCGAAGGAGGAGAAAUGCGGUCGGGUGCCCAGCACCACGGGUGGCACGGGGGAGAACUGUGUCGAAGACGGCGGCCCCAAGGUGCCACCGAUCGUGCAGCUCUACAAAAAGAUCGACGUCCACCAGGAAGCCCUCGGGAAGGCCAGGGAGGAAAAUGCGCAGCUGAAGGCCGCGCUGCAGGAGUUGCGCGACGAACAUCGGCGAUCGGAGAUCGAGCAAACCAACCUGCUGUUGGCGAAGGACCACCAGAUCGUGCUGCUCGAGCGGGAACUGACGAGUAUCAGCAAGGCGGACGAGCUGCUGCAGAGCAUUGCGGAGGGCUGCCUGGAAAAGGUGAGCCACUAUGAGCGAGAGAUUAGGACCCUGCACAGUCAGUACGAGGGGCAGCUGUGUGCGAUGCACGACAGCAAGGCGGAGCUGGAGAUUCGCUACGACGAGCUGCUGGCCGCCCACCGGACACUCCAGAACGAGUACGACGUGACGGAGGGCGAGAACCACUUCUUGAACGAGGAGACGGAAACGCUGCGUGAGAUCCUCGAAGCGCACGAUGUGGAGCUGCAGAGCAAAUCGGACGACAUCAAGCGCGCGGAGGACGCGCUGAACGAGCUGAUCGUGGAGGGGCGCGAUCUGCGGGAGCAGGUCCAGUACCUGAAGGCGCAGGCCGAAGAGGACAUGCUGCGGUACGUGGAGGAAAGCCGCACCACCAUCCGGGAGAUUGAUCAGCUGAAGCAGGAGAAUGGCCGUCUACUGGCGGCCCUCACCGAGAGCGGUGCGAUCGUGGCGGGCAUGAAGGAGGAGCUGAACGAGCGCCAGUUCGAGAUGGACGAUCUGCGUAGCGACAUCCGGAACGAGUUCAACGCGGAGCUGUCGGCGGUGGUGAAAAAGUACGAACAGCAGAUGGCCACGGCGGCUGAACUGAGCGAGAUGAAGGUUAAGGAGUGCGAAUCGAUCAUGGUGCUCGAAAAGUCGAAGCUGAUCAAGGAGCACUCGGACAGGAUCAAGCGCUUGGAGCAGGACCAUCGGCGGGAAAUCGAGCGCAUCGGGGAGCAGGCGGAGGAGAAGAUCCGGAUCGGCGACAUUCAGAACGAGGAGCGCGUAAAGGCGCUCGAGCUGUCGAUACAGAACUCGAUUUCUACGGCGCUGGCAAGCGAAAAGGCGCUCUGGCAGAAGGAGCUGGACAAGUGCCAGAAGAUCGCGGAAACGGAAAUAAUGCAGUGUGAGUUCGAGAAGCGCGAUUUGCGCACGCUCUGGGAAGCCUCCAGCGAGGUGAUCAAGGACAAUGAGACCAAAAUCUCGGAGCUGGAACGGCGCCUUCAGGUGGAGCUGCAGGUGGUGCCGGGUGGCAAAUCCCGCGCCGAACUGGAGGGCGAGAACCGGGAGCUGGCGGAAGAGUGUGGCCGGCUGAGGACGGAGAAGUACAACUACCAGCUGACGCUGAACAACACGCGCUCCACGGUCAACAUUCUGAUGGAGCGUCUCAAGAAGUCGGACGGCGACGUGGAGCUACUGAAGGCGGAGCUGGAGCAGAUCGUGCAACGGAAGGCGGAAUUGGAGACGGAAAAUAACCGGAUGCGAGAGGAGGUGAACGAGUUCAAACGGGUGCUGGGGGCCUUGCAGAGUUCCUCCAGUGCACUGGAGCGCGAGAUGCGCGAAAAGAGCGAGGUGUUUGAGAAGCUGAUGAACUCCGAAGAGGACGCGAUCCUCACGGUUUCGCAGAUCGGCAAGCUGUUUAGCGAUCGCAUGGAGCAGAGCAUGGGCCGGUACUUGGGGAUGUACGAGGAGCUGAAGAAGAAGUAUGACGCACGGGAAGCGUACAUUCAAGACAUGAAGGCACUGUUGGAUGAGUUUGCCAACGGCAUCGAACUGGCACGGAUAGAGCUGGACGCGAAGGACAAGAAGAUCGUGGAGCUGGAGAACGAAAACAAGAGCAUACAGCUGGAGAACAUGACGAUUCGGUUCAAGUGUGACCAGUUCGAGAAGUACCAUCAGAACGAAAGCCGCGUUGCGCAGCCGUCGCCUGAGAUGCCGCCCCCGGAACAGCAGGAGGAUGACGAUCGGCUAGUGUCGAACUUUCUCAUCGAAAACAUCAUCAAUCAGUUGGAGCAGGAAUCGUCCACGGACAAACUGGUGAUCGAGUCGAACGAACUGGAGAUCGUAGAGAAGCUCAAGCAAACCGAGGAAAAGCUCCGGCUGGUGGAACAGUUUGCCAAGGAGACAUCGGACAAGUAUAGUGAGCUUUUGGAGACCCAUAACCUGGCAAGGAGCGCAGACAGCAUCAAGGAUCAGCAACAGCUGAGUGCGAAAAUAUCCAACCUGCAGGAGGUGAACAAAAAACAGGAGAGCACUAUCAUGAGCCUGCAGCAGCAGCUGUCGUCUUUCUACUCGCCCCAGAAACUGAACUGCUCGGCGCACAAGUUUUUGACGGGCACCGCACCGAGUCCGAGGACUCCCAAAAAGCAGAUCGUGUCCCCGUUUCCGGGCAAAGAAAACUGCUCACCGGCGCAGGUUGCGUGCAGCCCGCGAUCGAAUGUGCUUCGGACGCGGAACAACUGA